UUUCACUUUAUGAAUUAAAAUGUUAGAUUUGCAAGUUACCCAUCACAUUUUUUUCCUGUAAUUUCCCAUAACAAAAUAACCUCAUGACCAUUUCCUCUAACAAUGUUUUCCUAUGUCCCAUUAAAAGAUAAAAUAUAUGUAAAAUAACUCGCUUUGUGCUGCUUCGGCCAGAGGCAUGAGUGAAUGUUAUGCAUCUGGAGAAAUGUGAAAGGCCUUUCAGGCCUGAUCAUGAGUGCAGGAGGUUGGGUGGUUCAGAGAUGAUCCGCUCCUCAUGACCAGAAUCCCUCUCAGUCCCACCAGCAACAUGGAUGACUUCAGCACGCGCACCAAUGGCGCAGACAACACGCUGUUUGGAGAGACUUUAACAUGGCACACAGUUCUUAACCUGGCUAUAGGUGGACUCGCUUCUCUGUUAGUCCUAGUAACUAUCAUCAGUUCAUUUGUCUUCCCUACUCCUCCUCCAACAGCAUUAAAUAUCUUCUUUGUUGUCUGCAUCAUCAUGAUCUGUACCUCUGUAUUGGUGCUGAUUUUCUGGUAUCGUCAAGGUGAUCUGGAUGCAAAGUUCCGUGGUCUGAUUUAUUAUUCCAUUGGUCUCAUUAUCCUCCUCUGUCUGUGUGCCAAUCUGUACUUCCAUGAUGUUGGAAGAUGA